CCGGUAGAAUCCCAAACGUUUUCAUUCACAGGAUGCAACCGCCACUCUGCAGUUGGGGGAGACCAUCUGCAUGAUUCAAGCCAUGAGGAUGCAAUACAUACACAUUUAAUUCACGUACUUGGUGGCUACCAUUGUCUAUAAAGCCAUCGCAACCCAUCUCACGAGGUUCGAAACAUCUCACAACCAUCUCUCAGUGUCUCAGCCACACAGACCAACAAUGCGCUUCUCAACCAGGAUCUUUUUCAGCCUCGCGGUUGUGCUCAGUUGGGCUUGGGUAGCCCAUGGCGUGGCCAUCUCGAAGCUUGAGGGACGAUAUGAAGUGCAAGGCGCCCCUGCAGCGUCGGGCUAUCGGUCUGUUGCGUACUUCGUCAACUGGGCAAUCUACGGCCGCAAACAUGACCCUCAGGAUAUCGUGAUCGACCAGCUCACUCAUAUAAAUUACGCCUUCGCCAAUGUGCGCCCUGAGACCGGAGAGGUCUACAUGACUGAUGGCUACGCUGACAUCGAGAAACACUAUCCGGGUGACUCGUGGUCUGAGCCCGGCAAGAAUGUCUAUGGUUGCAUCAAACAGAUGUAUCUCUUGAAGAAGAAAAACCGCAACCUGAAGGUCAUACUCUCUAUUGGCGGGUGGACUUACUCCAAGAACUUCGCACAAGCAGCGAGCACAGAGGCUGGACGAAAGAUGUUUGCCGACUCGUCGGUCAAGUUGCUGUCCGACUUGGGGUUCGAUGGGAUUGAUGUUGAUUGGGAGUAUCCGGACAACGACCAACAAGCCAGUGACUACGUUCUUCUUCUAAAGCAGAUCAGAACUACACUGGACGACUACAGCCAAAAGCAUGCCAAUGGCAAGCAUUUUAUUCUCACAAUCGCCACAUCGGCAGGCCCCGACAAAAUCAAGAAACUGCAUAUCAAGGAUAUGGACGCUCAGCUGGACUUCUGGAAUCUUAUGGCUUAUGACUAUGCCGGAAGCUUUGCUAACUUCACUGGGCACCAAGCCAACGCAUACCCUGACGACUCGAAUCCGAAUAGCACUCCGUUCAGUACCCAAGCGGCGAUUGACAUGUACCUGCAAGGAGGUGUGGCGGCGAACAAGAUUGUCCUCGGCAUGCCUCUGUACGGCCGGUCAUUCGCUAAUACAGAUGGUCUGGGUAAGCCCUUCACGGCAGAUGGCGAGGGUAGCUGGGAGAAUGGGGUGUGGGACUACAAAGCCUUACCAAAGCCGGGAGCCGAGGUGCAUGAGAUGGAGAAUAUUCUUGCCAGUUACAGCUACGACAGCAAGCAGAAAAGGUUGAUCAGUUAUGACACCCCUAAGAUCAUUCAGUUGAAGGCUGGAUACAUCAAGAAACUGGGCCUGGGUGGCUCUAUGUGGUGGGAAACCAGCUCCGACAAAGGCGGCAGUGACAGUCUGAUUAGUACGGCAGCAAACGCACUCGGCGGCACGGGGACCUUUGAGAAGGUUGAGAAUCAAUUGGACUACCCAGCCUCGCAGUAUGACAACCUGAAGAACGGAAUGAAGUAAGCUGGGCAGCCUCAGGGCUCGCAUGAUGUAUCUUGAACUGUGGUCUGAUGUUUGGUUUACCUCGAAUGUUGUGUUUUGGAUUCUGGCAAUCUUAUAGUUUAUCUAUUCGUAUUCUUCCUUGCCAUUCAGCUUUACUGUGUAGGUCUGUAACAGAUCUGGCAUAGGUUUCUUGUCAUGUAUGCCUCAUAUUUAGUUCUAAGAUGCUUGCUUUUCGAUUCCAUCAUCGAGAAUAUGAGUAUUCGUACUGAAAAUUCCCUUGAAAUUGUCCUCUACCCAAUUAUCCAUCCACUACACACAUCAUCGGCUAACAUGGGUAGUAGCUAAGAGAUAACUAUGUCAGGAGUGUCUGAAAGAUAAUCAGCCUAGUAGGACUCUCAACUUAAACCUGUUGUCUUUCACGUUGCAUGUUGGUGAUUAUAAGAGCGCAUCCAAACUGACAAACGGCAUCUCACUUCAGGUAUCAUCUGUAUGUACCCGUCUCUACUUGUAGUAC